AUGGAGUUCUUUCGAAAGACAUUGAGGGGCAUCAAGCCCCCCGGCUACGUAGUAGCCUCGUCAGUGAUCUCAAUCGGCGGUAUGCUCAAUGGCUACGAUACCGGCUCCAUCGGCGCUGUGACCGAGAUGCCGUAUUUCCUGCGCACAUUCGGCCACUUCACGCCUUUCAUACGCGGCUUCACGGUCUCACUGAUUAUGCUUGCCGGCGCCUGCCCGGCCUUCUUCGCCGGCCAACUGGCCGAUCGGUUUGGUCGGCUGCGGAUCACUAUGAUUGGCGCGCUUGUGUUCGUCGUUGGUGCUGCGCUCGAGGGUGGCGCGUAUAAUUUCCCUAUGUUCCUUGUAGGGAGGGCGCUGUGUGGACUUGGGCAGGGCGUAUGGCUCAGCAACGUCUCAGUGUACAUCUGUGAAAUCGCUCCCAGCGCACGCCGUGGAAUGCUUGUGUCCGCGCCACAGCUGAUGUGCACGGCCGGCAUCUGCCUCGGCUACUUCACCUGCUAUGGAAGUGUACGGAUGGACUCGACGAUGUCGUGGCGGAUCCCCUACAUCUUCCAGGCGGUCGGAGGUCUCUUACUUGCUGCCGCUUGCUGUUUCCUGCCAGAGUCACCUCGAUGGCUGCUCCUCAACAACAGACGGGACGAAGCGAUGCGCAAUCUCGAGCGUCUAGACUUCUCGAGGACGGAAGCUGAGAAGGACUUCCUUAAUGCCACCGAGCAGGCGGCUCUGAGCAAGUCGACAACGGAGGGACUUCUCUUAGUUUUUCGACGCCAGUACCGCUCUCGUACGAUUCUUGGUUUGUUUGUUCUCGGGAUGAUGCAGCUUUCUGGUAUCGACGCCGUCCUCUACUAUGCUCCCACUCUCUUUGCGCAGGCCGGUCUGCCAAACCAAACAGCAUCUUUCCUCGCGUCCGGUGUCUCAGCAAUACUGAUGCUAGCAAUCUCCAUCCCAGCAUUGCUGCUGGCAGACAAGUGGGGUCGGCGAACCUCAGCGAUCUCCGGCGGGCUUGCGCUCUCGAGCUGUAUGAUCGUUAUCGGAUCGCUCUACGCUUCGAAAGUCGUCCAUCCUGAGGGAGCCGGGAAGUGGUUCGUCAUUGUGCUCAUCUUUGCUUUCGCGCUUACGUACUGCUUCACUUGGGCCGUUGUUGGCAAAAUCUACGCCAGCGAGAUCCAACCUGGAAACACGAGAGCAGCGGCUAAUUGUCUGGCCCAAGGACUGAGUUUCUUCACCAACUGGCUGGUGGCUAUCAUAUCACCGGUGCUACUCGCGAGCUCUUCAUCCGGAGCUUACUUCCUCUUCGGCUGCCUUGCCCUAGGUACCGUAGCCGUCCUAGCCGCGUGCAUGCCGGAAACGAGGAGCCUCUCCCUCGAGUCUAUCCAAGACGCCUUUCAGAGGCCGCCAAUGCGAAGUUCGCUGCAUCAUCUCCGGAGAUCCUUCUUUAGCUCGUCUUCCAAGACGAGCUCCGCCUCUACGAUGCAGGACGCUACUGAGUUGACAGCCUUUGAAGACUCGGAGGCGGCGGUGACUGUGAGAUCGAGUAUUCAAAUAUCUGCGGCGUUGAGGACUACAAUCUAA